AUGGACGGUCCGAAGAUAGACGCGGAGAGCCGCAUAUCUGCUGGGAAUGGACUUUUUGUUCGAACGUCGUGUCCUCCAUCAUCCCUACUAUUUGUGGUGCCACCUCAGGCAUUGAUGAAUAUUAAGACGUUAAAGUCCCUCCAUCCAACGUCUGGACCCACGCCAUUGACAGCUACGCAAAUGAUAUCUCUACAUCUGUGUAUCAACCGUCCGCAUGGAAGCGAGGAUUCUCCGGACCCUCACUAUGGUCCAUAUAUCUCGACCUUGCCUAGGGAGUUUGAUAGUCAUCCUUUGACUUGGCUUGUGCGAUCAAAAAGUGGCAUAGAGUCCGGAGGGGUCCCACUGCUUGGAUAUCUCCCGCCGAGUGUCCGUGCAUCCUUGGUUAAGCUGCAUGACCGAUUUUGUCAAGACUGGGCUGCAGUGCGAGCGUACUUGACUGCGAAUUCCUAUGUUUCCUCAAAUUAUGACGCCCAUUUGGACGAUGUCGAUGGUUCUACUCGCAAUUACGCGUGGGCUUGGUUGAAUGUCAAUACUCGCUGCAUAUAUUACCGCCUUAAACCAUCGAAGGAAGAUCCUGAUAAUCUGACUUUAUGUCCCAUCCUCGACUUUGCCAACCACACCCCAAAUGGGUUGCAUAUGACUCCAGUUCCAUCAGAGGCCGAUAUUUGGGACACUGCGCCGGUCAAGCCGAUUGGGAAAGGAUUUAGAUUCGUCUCUCCGGCCGAUGAAUCUGUUCAAGAGGGCGAGGAGAUCUUCCUGACUUACGGGGCCCAUCCUAACCGCACGCUGUUCAUUGAAUAUGGAUUUGUCAACAAGUCAUCAGCCGAACCAGACGUUACGGAUGGCGAAGUCGAUGUGCAAGAUGUGGUGGAAUCCUUGAUACUUGACCAGAAAUCCGGUGCUUUCGUCAAAAGCGUCCUCGAAGACGAAGGGUAUUGGGGAGACUGGACCUUAUAUUGCUCGGCGGAAUCAGCGCAGCCGUCAUGGCGCUUGAUAACAGCACUAAGGCUUCAUCAUCUCGUUGUCAACAAUAAUAUCCACGAUAACGCCAUUCAACCAUGGCGCGAUGUCAUAGCGGGCAAACAAGAAACGAUAUCUGUCGGAAACGAAAUCGCUUGGAAGCAGUCGUUGAUCACAAUUUGCGAUACACUCAUCACCAGAGCCCAGACCAGUCUGCGCUAUCUGAAGAGUGACGAUGCCGAGAUGUAUAGUGACGGUUGGCUUCCCUGGAUGCGCGAGAAUAUACGGACGCUUUGGAGGGAAGAACUAUUGGUAGCCACGGUCGUAAAACAGUGUAUCCUAAGGGGAGAUGAUUUUUGA